UUCCACGUCGUCACUAGUGAUGCUGUUGCUAUCUUUGCUCAGCCAAUCAGAAUUGCGGAAUAUUUGUCGGCCAUUACCUCCGACAAUAAACAUCAUGUCCGAUGAUGUCGGAGGUUAGCAUUUGUUAAAAUUUCUAUUAUGGUGAAGACCUGUGCGUGGGGACGAUGCAACAGCGAUACCAGGCGUCCUGAGAGAAUACAGGGAGUGCAUUUUAUUCCAUUUCCCAAGCCCAAAACGCAGAAAGACAGAUGUCUGAGGUGGAUUAAGGCAUGUGGGAGACCACACUACCAGCUAAAUGAGAGCAGAAUAAAUCGACACACGUUUGUGUGUACAAAGCAUUUUGUGGAUCCCAGUGGUCCCACUGAGGAAUAUCCAGAUCCAAUACCUUCUGAUGGUUCAAACAUUAGAAAAAUCAGACGUCAUUGGAGAGAACGAAGCGGGCCAUACCAUAAUAUUCAACAAAAUUCACAUACAACAACUGCAAGUGAUACAUGUACAACUUCGCCUAAAGAAUGUAUUGAUGAGAUUGGGGAGUCGUCAUUGGAUAGGGGGCCAACUCCAGCUGAAAAUUGUUUUGAGGGGCUAUCAUUACUUGCAGAUUCAUGUCAGAUAGACCAUCUAAUGCAGAAAAAGCUACAAGAGACAGAGGAAAAACUUCAUCAUCAGACAGUUCUUAACCAGCAUUUAAACUUACAAUUAUCAACCGUUCGAAAUCAACCAGAAGUUCAAAUUGAAGGCCUCAAUAUUGAGAAAAUUAUUCAGCAAGAGAAGAAAAUCACUGGUUUAUUUUUCUACUACACUAACCUUAAACAUUCAACUUUUGUAACUUUGUACAACAUUUUAACUGAACAACAAAUGCCAGUUUUCCCAAAGAAAAGGAAAGAUGUGAAGACUAUGAAACCAGAAACUCAACUACUACUAACUCUGAUGCGACUUCGCCAUAACUUUGGAUUGAAAGACCUAGCUGCUAGGUUUUUGAUAUCAACUCAGUCUGUGAGUGAAAUAUUUUCUGCGUGGAUUGAACAUAUGUAUUUGAUCCUUGGAUCCAUACCAAUAUGGCCACACAGAAAUGACAUAAUUCGAAAUAUGCCUUCGCAAUUCAGAGUAGAAUUUCCUGACACUUUAGCCAUUAUUGAUUGCACAGAACUUAAGACCCAAAAACCGUCAUCGUUAAAAUUACAGUCACAGAUGUACUCUGAUUAUAAGUCAGCAACAACCCUGAAAGGACUGGUAGCAUGUGACCCCAUGGGCAACAUAAUUUUUGUAAGUGAGCUGUUUACAGGAUCAAUGUCUGAUGUAGAAAUUACAGCAAAGAGUGGGUUUUAUAAACUCUUGGAGCAGCUCAUUUUAACAGGAUAUAUUCAUCAUGGAGAUUCUAUUAUGGCCGACAAAGGUUUCACGAUAUCUGGUGAACUUCAGAAUGUUGGAUUGCAUCUAAACUUGCCAUCUUUUGUGAAUUCGGGUAUUCAAAUGUGUCAGGCAGAUGUAGAAAUUUCACAAAAAAUUGCAGCCCAUCGUAUUCAUGUUGAAAGGGCAAUUAGGAAAAUAAGAACCUUCAAAAUAUUGUCUGGUUGCAUUCCUACUAGUCUGUUUGGAUCAAUUAAUAAAAUCUGGACCGUUUGUGUACUACUAACUCUGUGGCAGAAUCCGGUGUUGAAAAAUAAGUGAUUUUUUUUGCUUAAUAAAAAACAUGUAUUUGAUAUGUACAAUCUUGAUUCUUGAAUUGAACAUGUAUGUAUUGAAUAUAUAUGGUUACAUACA